AUGAAGCGCAACCCGCGCAAGCUGAAAUGGACCAAAGCGUUCCGGCGCGCGGCGGGCAAGGAGAUGACGGUGGACUCGACGCUGCAGUUCGCGGCGCGGCGCAACGUGCCCGUGCGCUACGACCGCGAGCUCGUGCAGAAGACGCUGCGGGCCAUGGACCGCGUCUCCGAGAUCCGGGCCAAGCGCGAGCGCGUCUUCGCCAAGCGCCGCCGCGCGGGCAAGCGCGCCCAGGACCUCGCCGCCGACCGCAAGCUCGUCCAGACCCACGCGCACCUGCUGCCGCGCCUGCGGGGCAGCGAGAAGAGGAGGCUCGCCGAGGAGCAGGGCUUGCGGCCCGAGGAGAUCGAGGAGCUGGAGCGCAGCGCCGCUGCGGUUGUUGUGGAGAAGAAGAGCGCGAGGGUGUUUGGCAAGGAGAAGGUGCGCCAGAGGGUGCGUGUCGACGGAGGCGUGGAGGUGGUGGGAGAGGACGAGGGUGGGAUGGAUGUGGAUUCCGAGUAA